CAACGUUCCGCUCUGUCCAUGGUAACUAUGAUAAACAUACGAAAUUAAUCAUUUCUGAAAAGCGUUUCUACGAAUCAGCUGCGUUUUGAUUUGCGAUGAUUGAGAACUACAUGAACUUCAUGACUGUGUAGAGCCCACUAUGGCUCGAGGAGCAGAGGGUGACUGCCCUGAGCAGCACCCCAAGAACAUGAAGCGGAAGCGGGCACGUGCAUUGAAGCUCUGGUUCUUCAGCUUGUUCCUGUGCUGCGUCAAAGCCCCCGUUGAGGACACUGUGGAGGUGGGCCAGACCCGCCAGAAGACCCACGGUGCCCCCAACACCACCACCAACACCACUGCCACCACCACUGACAACCCCCAGAAGGCUCUAACCCGCAAGGAGAUUAAGAGGAGGGUGAAGGUGGGAAAAGCCAGGUGGGAAGAACAGAGGAGGAAGAAGAAGAGGGCCUGGUAUUCUCGCCUUUUGCCUAAACUGAAAAUGCCAAAACUGAGGAUCCUCAUCAUUCCCAAACCGACCUACGUUCUGAAGGCCACCAAAUUUGUUAAGAAAACUGAGAAACCAACCAAGAUGACGAAAAUCCAAGACGCAUCGACCACGACCCGACCAUACAUAGACGACUGUGCCACCAAAGCAGACCCAAGUCCCAAGGAAACUGCAUCACAAAACCAAGAUGAAAGGCCCAAGGAACCACCAACAGCAGCACGUAACAACACUGAGGCCUGCCCAGGGACAGUUGUGGAGAGGAUGGUGAAGAAGGACCCUAAAAGGUUAAUAGACCAUACAAAUCUAGAGAACACCCUAAAAGCUAUGGAAGCGUUAGCGGACCUUGUCACUCGGACAGAGCGUACCAGACCAAGAAAGACCAAGAAAGACCUGGAGAGCCACCCGGAGACAACUCAGGGACGCAUCAAGGUGGUUGCAAGAAGAACCCAAAGCAAGAAUGACUUGGAGAGCCACCCAGCUGUACCCAUAGCCUGGAGGAGGGACCCAACGAGAAGAGCCGCCAAGAGGAACUUGGAUGGAUGGAAACACCUCAGCCAGCUGCUUGUGGUCGUGCUGCUAAUCGUGGCCUGGUUCUGCACCAGCAGCACCCUCAGCAGCGCUGGAGACUGAAAGAGGUCCUUCUUCCACAAACUGAACUAUCCAGAGAUAUGUCUGCUUAUAGCAACACUCAAACAACACCAGCUCUAAAAUAAAUGUUUCUUUAUUUUUGUAAUCACAA